CCAAAUUUACUAGGAUCAUCGUGAAGUUUUUCAUUUUUAUUCAAAUUUGAGCCAUGUUACUAAAAUUAUUCGAUCAUUAAUACUGGUUUAUAAAAGAUGAAGAGUUAGUCUGUAUUAGUUCAGAGUAGCGGUUGAUUGUGCGUGAAUUAUUCUAUCAACUGGCAACCAUUAAUUUUUCUCCGAGUCACAGUGCAUAAGGGUUAGCACACAGAGUUAGUUUUGGUUAAAUUUGUUCGUUCCCUUCUAACCUUAAAUAUCAUUCUAUACGACGAACAUUUAUUUUUGUCUAUGCUAGUAACUUUUAAAACUGUGGUUGUGAUUCAACUACGUUGAGCGGGAGCUUAAAAAUAUUUCGCGGUUAACUUUUAUUUUAGAAUGAAGCCGAAAAUGAGCAGCGGAUACUUAACGCCUCAAGCGAGCAAGACGAAAAGUUCAGCAAAAACUAGCGAAGAGUUCACGAUCGACGAUAAUAUGUUUCAAGCACUGAUGAAAUGCCCCAUAAAAAAAAAGAUGAUAAUCGACCUUCUGACCGCAAACAAAGAGGCGAUAGAAGAGUGUCGACGCAGUGCCGCAGGCGCCCUCGAGACACGGAAAAGAUAUGAGAGUCCUACAGCUUUGCAGCGGCGCAGGGCGCUGCUGGAAAUGAACGGUGGCGAGACUAGUUCAAGACCAAUGGUGGUGAGGUCGAACGCGCCGGUACCCUUUGAAAAAGUGUUUGAAGGUGUGGUUGCUUUUGUGGAGAUCAACAGUAAGAAUCAGGAUCGGUCGGCUGGAGCAAAAGUCAUUUUAAGAUCUAUGGGGGCCGUCGUUGAAGACACAUUCACCAAACAUGUCACUCACGUUAUUUUUAAGGAUGGUUCUUAUACUACUUUCCAGAAGGCCAUAUCACGGGGAGUUCAUCUGGUGUCAGUGCUGUGGCUAGAGUUCAGCAGGAAGGUGUGCCAGAAACAACCGGAAAAGGAAUACCCCGCCAUUCGAGUGGGGCAUAUGGACAACAACAUUUCAGUGAUCUGUUCUCAAAUGCAAGAGGAAUACGAGGCGAUAAUUAGAGAGGAGUAUCGGAAAAGUAUGAGGAACAACACCCCGUUGCCUUCUACCCAAUCGUUCAUCGAACGAAGACGCGCGAUACUGUCUGGCUCUCGCGGAUCCUCGUCCACUCAGGACACUGAAGACGAGGAAGUGACUGAUAUUAACUUCCGCGAGAACGUCUUAAGACCAAGCUAUACCUCCGCCAUGGAAUUUACAUGUGUUGAAAAUGACGACAGGUUUCCUAAGUCGCACUCGAAAUCGCCUGUGGUUGGCCAAGAGAGGAGAAAAAUUUUGAAGUCCUCAGCGGAGCAGGCUAGCGAAUCUAGCAUUAUGACAUCUGACCGGUCUACCAAUAUUUCCGAGCCUUCACACAAAAUUAGCAAAAUCUCCGGUUCGAAUCGGACGUCCCCGGAAAAAAUCGCCUCCGAACCGGAUUCAUUCAGGAUUUUGCAUCCUGGAAAGCCGAACGAGACCGACUUCUCGUCCGAGCGAAAGAACUCCUCGAUGUCGGAACUGAAGCUCUCCAUCGCUAACUGCGUCGCGAGUCUUAAAACGCCUCACCAUUCGUCCGACUCGGACGGCUCGGAAAUACAGAUCAGCACGCGACGUCGCAGCCGAUUACGCAAGGCGACCUCACCCGAAGGGUGUAGGCGGACGAGGAGCACGACAAAGACCCCACCUCCUGGGUCCGAUCCAGAGGUGCCGAACAGGGCGCGCACGUCGAUUAGGCCUACCCGGAAGAAAGAGAAACCGGAAAAAGCGACACGAGCCCGGAAGAAGCUCGUGUAUUCUGCUAAGGCAGCGAAUUUUCCGGAGGAAACCGCACCGACAGCACCCGAAGGGAGUACACGGCCGAGGAGCACGAGGUCAAAGUCGCCGCGCACAUCGAUCAAACCCGCUCUGAAAAAAGCGGAGCCGAAAAAACCGCUUCCGGGCCGCAAAAAGCUUUACAAUCCGCGCACGGACGUGGUGGAGUUGCCGCCCGUCGACGACGACGUCGAGCGCAAAACGCGGCUCGAGGCGAAGAGAAGGAGGGCGUCGGUGGCGACGGCGGAUGUCGUCGUGCCCCUCGUCGAGGCGAGCCGUCGCGAAAAGUCGCCGGACCUGCUGGAGCUGCUGACGGACGUGGUGCAGGAGAAGAAGCCGCGACGAAGGAAGCGCCGCGGGGCGGAGCCGCAGGCGGUCGCGAUGAAUAGUUCGGCCGACGAGCAGCGCGAACUCUGGGCGGAGAUUGUCAGAGAGAGAAGAGAACUACGCAAAGCGGGCCAGGGAAACCCUAGUUUGGGCGCCACCGUAGCGACUUCCGGGGACCUGCGCAGAAGCACGAUGGAGUUUCAGACGACGCGGCGGCGGAAAUCGAAGGAGACGAAGCGGAAGCGGAAGCGGACGCCUAGCAUCGUGUGCACUAAACUGCACCGGCCAGAGGUGGAUGUGUUUACGCGGAUCGUGAGGAAACUGGGCGGGUUCGUGGUAGAGGACGAAGUCACCGCCAGGACGACCCACGUGGUCGCAGGCGAGCCCAAAAGGACGAUAAACAUGUUGCGGGCCGUCGUCAGGGGCUUGUGGGUCCUAAAGUUCGAGUGGGUGUUAAAAUCCCUCGAACACGGAAAAUGGCUUCCGGAAGAAGACUACGAGGUGACCGAUUUCGGUGCUGUGAUCCAGAAGUCUCGUUUACAACGGCAAGCCUUCGGUCCUUCUUAUACGAUGGACGUCUUCGUCGACCUCCCACCGAUUUACGUCAUACCCGGCAGCAAUCCCCGGUGUUCAGAUUUAAGAGAACUGAUAACCGCGUGCAAGGGCAUCGCAGUGACAGAACGUAGGACUGCCAAAAUCGUAGUGGGGGAAUAUAUUGACGAAGACGAAGCGAUAUGCGUAAACGAAAAGUGGAUCUUGGACAGUAUAUCAUUCAACAAGAAAAUGCCUUUCAAGGAGUACCUGUUGGGAAAGCGGAGAGGUAGAAGAAGCGUGACCGUUUGAAGGCAUUUAUAUAUUCGUUCUCUCAGUUUUAAAAUGUUUUUUAUUCUACAUUUCUAUUUUAUAUAUAUUGAUAUUUUUUGUAACUAAUUAACUAAAAGGAAAUUCAAUAAAGAUUUGGGCCAUUGUUUCUGUAAAUUAUUUUCCGCAGUUGCAAAAAAAAAAUUGAACGUGUUGAAACUUGUGAGAAAAUUAACACGUUCUCUGCAGGGAAAAAUUUGAUGAACCCCCCCUAAAACCGAAAAGCCUUUUAGUGACACAAGAUUCAGAAAGACUUUUUAAAAUUAUUUCUUUCUAUUUUCAGAUGUCAGCUUGACAGAUUUCAAUGACAUUUUGGCAUGACACAAGGGUUGCGUCAUCGGCAAAAGUUGUGUCCUUGAAAAGCCGUUGACGCAACAAAUACGUCACUGCCAAUCACACAGAAACUAUUUUUUUCUAAACUUCUGUUAGACAUACAUAUAUGCUGAUAUAAACUAAAAUGUAAAAAGUGGUAGAAUUAGAAAAACACUGGCUUAAAAACUAAUACAAAAGUUUCCUAAGAUUAUUGGCAUGAGUGAAAUUUUUUGAAGCACUCUCCUAGGCAAAGUGCCGGUUUUCUGGACAGAAAAACACGGUGCCUUUUCGCAGUUUGUGGGUGUAACACACUGCAUCUUUUUGUUAUUUGCUUUCCUUUCAAGAAAGAUAUUCAGUGGUUAUAUUUGAUGUAGCUGGGCUUGUUUGUUUAUUUGUUUUGUUUGCUGCUGCUUUGAAAACAGUUAUUUUAUAAGAGUACGCCGAAAACUGUAAUCGAGUUUUUCCUUGGAAGAAUAUUUAUUAAAUAAUAGAAAACUAUUUAAUGUUGCAGUGUACCAUCUUCUUGUACCAUCGUAUGUGUUUAAUAAUAAAUUCAUAAGGUCAGUGGUGUGAUACAUCUACUCUUAAUCCAGGAUUACCUGAGAAUGGAAUUUGUUUCAAGUUUAUCCCGUCAGUCCAGCCAAUAUUCGUCAAGUUAUUUGGCAAUGAACCAGGAAACGGCGGCCGUUGAGGAAUUUCCUGGUUCGACUCUGCACUUUUGUCACUUGAGGAAGCGUUAGCCAAUGUUAGUAGUUCAUCAUCCGUUAAAGGUCUCUUUCUAUCCCACUCAAUAGGUCUUUUUUGGCGGCCGAAGGGUAUGGGAUAUCACUGCCCAUGACACUACUUCUUUGGCGAAAUUCCCAAAACCGACAAUGCAAAAACACGUGCUCAAACGCGCCAAAACUCCCAAAAAAAAAAAAGCAACAGCUUCACUCGAAAGCCGGCAAAGUACUGACUAC